AUGGAGCAACCGCACCAAGGCAGACCAAGUUUGGAGGAUGAUGAUGAGUGCCACGAGACGAAUUUCGGUUUCGCAAUCAACAAGAAGGAGUUUAGCGACCGCUUGCUGGACCUCAUUGCAACUUCAGACGAGGAGGCAGUAAGAGAGAUGCUCUGGUUCUGCUACGAUGAGAAACUUUGCCAGUGCAUCAUCAAAGGUCCCAAGGGUGUGGACUUUCUUCUCAAGAUCAAGGAACACAUCUUCAUGAUGUGCCCGCAAAGGUGCACAACAGAGGCAAAUCCGGACGGGUGUGCCGCAAUACUGGUCAACUACUCUCGAAUCUCUGAGGACGCGCCUCAACUGGAGAUGCUGCUCAUCACGCUUUAUGCGAAAGCCUGGCCGGAGGGCGAGUGGCAAAAGCUUGGCACGUUGUCUCACGACGUCAAGGACCCGUCGGCAAGGAGAGUCUGCGUAGGCCGCUGCGACGUAAGCAAAGAAGCAUGGAGCACCUUCAUCAAAUCGACCAAGUGGUUCGACAAAGACGGACAGCUUCAUGUGCGUAUCAGAAUUCUGCCUUUCUUUAAGUAG